UUUCCUCUUUUCUCCGCAAUCGGUUUCCUCUUUCAUUGUGUUUUGUUCAAGAAUCUAAUAUUAUGAUAUUUAGGCUGUAACGUUUCUUUCAUUCUCCUACCAAACCUUCUCAGAUCGGUCUCUUUCUUUGUGUUGUUUUUUUUCUUUUUGCUUUCUGGGUUGUGGGUUUCUUUGUGCUCGAUCUUAACUGGUGAAAUCGGUUGGUGGGGUUUGGCUCUGUUCGUCCUAAGAACUUGAAUAAUUCAAGUUUUGCAAGAAAAAACUUUAGUUUCUUUGCAAUUAGUUUUUAGGCUGGAUCUCUGUCUUUAGGAAACCUGUUCAGUGUUUGGUUUCGCAAAAGUUGAGAUUUGAAGUGGAGAUUUCUGCUGAAGUUUUGAUCUUUUUAUUCUUCGUCUGUUGCAAGUGCCAUUGUUUCCAGCAUCGAUUACAUUGUGGAAAGUGGUGAGGAUGCAAGGAGAGAGGGCAAGUAUCGGUUCUUUAUCAGAGACCAUGAACUAUGAGCAUGGUUCUACAUCUAGCAACCCUGUGGUAGAACAGCAGAUUCGUUGGGAUAGUCUUCACAGUCUCGGUGAUAAUGAUCUGCAUAACUACAUGAGUUCAUCCGCAGCUGCUGAUGCAAACACUAGUUUGUCAAACUCAGUGUAUCAUGAGCAACGUGAGUUACAACACAGGUUUACCCUUGGUGAAGCUAGCUCUAGUGGUCCAAAGAACGAAGCCCCUAGUGAGCAGUGGAUGCAAAUGGGACGCUUUGAGGAAAGAAGAAACGACAAGAUAGACUUGAGCCCUUUGUUAAUGCAACAACCGUCUAGUGGAAACCGAGUCGUGCGUGAUGUCAAUCUGAAUGCAGAAUAUAUCGAGCGUGCUGAGGACAUGAAUCCAGUCACAGGUCAUCCUGGUCUUAGUCAGGUUAACGAAAAUGCUAGAGCUGGUUGUAAAAGAAAAGCUAUUGAUGCUGGCAUUGGCCAGUCAUCAUCAUCAACGGGAGCUUUCCACCGUGGAGAGAGCAGUUCUUCUUGGGUUUAUAACCAAAAUGAUUUGAACAUAUCUCUCAACCACCCUCCAAGAGGGUUGGUGUCUCCUUCUCCUCCCAUCUCCAGCAGAAGCUUUUCUUUCGGUGCUAAUCCCACAGCUCAGCAAGAGGGUGUUUUCUCUGCUGGAAGUGUUAUCAGACAACCAGUUACUCCUCCAUCCAUGAAUGCACCAGCUUAUCCACCACCUGUAGAUCAUCAAUAUAGACAUGCUUUUAGCAAUUUCACUCCUCUAAACCCAAAUGCUUCUGCUGUUAGUAUGCCUCCUGUUUCAAGAAACAUGACACCACCAUUUCAAUGGAGUGGGAACACUGCUGUAGCAGCAGGCAUUGGAUCAUCUGCUCCCGUUGACCGAAACGCCCUUCGUCCAGGUCAAUCAAGGCUGAGAAGCAACAUGCUAGCGAAUCCUUUGUUUGUUCCAGCUCCUCCUGAACCGAGGAACCUGCAUCAGGGUCAUGGAAGUGGAGGAGCUGGACAUGUAAGUGUUCAGCCAUCAGCGUCUACUCCAACAUGGACUCCUUACCAGAACCAGUCGCCAGUUAAUCAAAGAAGAUUAUCUGAACAUCGUCGUAGGUCGUUGAUUUCUUCCCUUCUUACAAACCAGAGAGCUGCUGCUGCUGCUGCUGCUCGUUCCAUGGUCCCUCCUCCCACUCCGGAUCAGCAUGUGCUUCAGCCUGGCGGUGAUAACAACUUUCAGACACAUAAUCAGGCUUACUCUAGAGCAGUACCAAGACAAGGACAAACCGCUGUUGGCGUUCCUCAUUCUUUGCGUAGCUUGGUGGCAUCCACAAGCCGAGGAAGAAGCAGACCUUCUGCAUCUGAGAUCCGCAAUGUCUUGGAUCAUAUGCGUAGGACAGGGAACUUGCGUGUGGAGGAUUUUAUGCUUCUCAAUCAGACGAUGAUGCUAGGUGCAGCUGAUGUUCAUGACCGGUAUAGAGACAUGCGUCUUGAUGUGGACGACAUGACAUAUGAGGAGUUGUUGUCUCUAGAAGAAAGGAUUGGAGAUGUUUGUACCGGUCUUAAUGAAGAGACCAUAUCAAACCGAUUGAAGCAAAGGAAAUACAAUUGUGGUAGCAAAUCUACACAAGAAGUAGAGCCAUGCUGUGUUUGUCAGGAGGAAUACAAGGAAGGAGAAGAAAUGGGGGUGCUUGAAUGUGGGCAUGACUUCCAUAGCCAGUGCAUCAAAGAAUGGCUGAAGAGGAAGAAUCUUUGUCCAAUCUGCAAAACAACAGGGUUAAACACCGCAGAGAAGCCGAGCAAAUAAUGAUGUUAAGACCUUAAGCUGUUCUUGAGUUUUCACCAUUCGUCGAAUCUUCUAUACCAUUGCAACCUCAUAAGAACCCCCACAAAAGGCAACUUUGGUGUCUGAGUUUGAGGUUUGAUGAUUUGGAGGUAGUGAAAAUUAAGGGAAGCACCUGAGGGAGAUAGAAAGGAGAUGAGGAGAAUCUAAGAAAAAAGAAACUUGGGUUCUUCUGAAAUUGUUUGGAUAAUUUAAUUUUUACCAAUUAGUUUUUUUUUUUCAUUAUUAAAAGAACCAAAAAAGUUUGUGAGUCAAUUUGAUAGAUUUUAUGGAUGAUUGAUUAUGUAAUAUACAUGUCUUAUAUUAUUCUAGUUGGAUCUAUCAACAUAGCAAAAGCUAUGUAAAUUCUUUGAUUCAAUUA